AAAAUCUGUUAUUUUUUAAUAUUAAUUUACAUAGAUAAAAGAAAAUCAUAGAAUGGCUCUAUAUCCAAAAUACUCUUGCAAAACCAUCAGUGUUCUCGAGAAACUCUUUAUUAAACCAGACAUUGCCAUCGGCGGUACUAAGGGCAAAACUCCACCCCCUUCCACACCCGUUGGAACUCCACCGCCAUCGUCAAGUGGUAACAGUGCGGAAAAUGGAAUGGUCAACACACCGCGCAGCUCACUGAUAACGGACUCCACACUGAAUCUGAAUGAUCUGAUUGGAAAACUGAAGGCAUUCCGCAACAGCAAAUUGCAGCGAAUUCAUCUCUACGAACCGGAGGUGAUAAUGCUGUGUCUUCAGGCCAGGGAGACGAUGUUGGCUGAGCCAAUGUUGCUGGAGUUGUCCGCACCAUUGCGUGUGGUUGGCGAUAUUCACGGGCAGUUCAACGAUCUGCUGCGUAUUAUGGAUCAUGCUGGGUAUCCGCCGAACGCGAAUUAUUUGUUUUUGGGCGAUUAUGUGGAUCGGGGCAAGAAUUCGGUCGAAACAAUCACGCUACUCUUGGCCCUGAAGGUCAAGUAUCCUCAGCAUGUGUACCUGCUGCGUGGCAAUCACGAGUCACAGUCGAUCAAUCGCGUCUACGGCUUCUUCGAUGAGUGUAAGCGACGCUACACCAUCAAGCUGUGGAAGACAUUCGUCGACUGUUAUAACUGCAUGCCCGUGGCAGCUGUGGUGGCACGCAGAAUCUUCUGCUGUCAUGGCGGCUUGAGCCAGCGUCUGAAGGAUCUCAACGACAUCAAGCUGUUGCCCCGGCCAACCGAAGUGCCAGACGAGGGUCUGUUGUGUGACUUGCUUUGGAGUGAUCCCGAUCGUUUUGGCUUUGGCUAUUCGCCGAGUGAUCGUGGCGUUAGUUUCCUCUAUGGUCGUGAUGUGCUCGAGAAAUUUCUGCGCAAAUAUGACUUCGACUUGCUCUGUCGUGCUCAUCAGGUCGUCGAGGAUGGCUACGAGUUCUUUGCCAAGCGUCAGCUGGUCACCAUCUUCUCGGCUCCGAAUUAUUGUGGACUGUAUGACAAUGCGGGAGCUUCGAUGAACAUUGAUAAGGAUUUGGUGAUCACCUUCGAUGUGUUGCGUCCGUCGAAUAAUCGAAAACGUGGCCGUUUCUCGAAGUCGAGUCCGAGUGCAAGUGCCAGCCAGAGUUCAAAUGGUGACCUCAACAAAGGCUGAG